AGUUUUCAUUUCUUAGCCAACGUCAUGCGCUGGCAGUUGACCAUCUUGUGGCUGUUCUUCGUUUCGGCUUCUGCCACACCUGUGACAAGGUGGCGCCGUCAAAUAGUCACGCCCACCCACUUGAUGGGACCCCCGGCGCCGCCCAACUCGCAAAGCAAGGUGGUGGUUACUCCGCAGAAGCUGAAGGAAGUGUCGCACAUAAGAACAGCGAUCCAGAAGGCCGUCGACGAAGACACAUAUGUGGUUGCCGCUCCGCCUCCGCAGGCUUUCCUUACUAGCCUUGGUGGCAAUAGUUGGCCAGUAGUACCUAUAUCCUUGCCACCUCUUUGGCCCGCGCCAGCCAUAAACCUCCUCCCCAUCGCUUGGCCCAUGUUCGGCUGA